CACUGACAUGUUUAUACUCGUAUAAUAAUAAUAAUAAUAAUAAUAAUAAUAAUAAUAAUAAUAAUAAUAAUAAUAAUAAUAAAU